UUAGCACCAGUUAGAAGGAGCUGUUCUGCAGGACUGGAGGCGCCACUCUGCAGCCGCUCCCCGGCUCGUUCACACCAGAACCCUCAAACUACUUCUUCUCUACAUACAAAGCGAAAAUACUACCAACUGGCUACUAACAGUACACGGCAGCAGGGGGUUGAGGUUCUGUUCGGAGACACCAGCAUGGACUCUCCAGAUUAUGGAUUUGCAACUAUGAGGAGAGGAAGCUACGAUGAUGCUGCAGCUUCUCUACAUCCUCACCUCAGACACUUGGCUCAGAGACGCCGCUCGGCCCCGUCACUGGUCUUUGGGAAGGCUCUGCCGUGGUCUCCUAUCAGGGAGGAGGCUUCCUGCUGGGUCUCUAUGGAGCAGAGUCCAUUCGUCCUUGGCCUCACCAGUGAGAAUGGAGAGCUGCUGCUGGACGAAACUGUUCAGGUCACCGAGGGCUCGAAGACCAAGGAGAGACACCUGUUCCUCUUCAGCGAUGUCAUUGUCUUCGCUAAACUCAAGUCGACUGCCAGCUAUCGUCUAAAGCACAGGGUGAGGCUCGAGGACAUCUGGCUUUAUGGUUUUGAAGACGAACCGGAGGAAGAGGAGGGAACGACGGGGGAUAUUGACCUCAGGGUGACCCUCGUCUUGGCCUGGGAUCUCACUUUUUGUUUGGUGUGUUUUGGCUCGCCUGAGGUGAAAGAACACUGGUUAGAUACUCUUCACAGAAAAAUUAAAGACGCAAAAGCGAGAGGUGGUUGUGCUUCUUCCCCUCCAGACGUCCUCAUGAAGGUUUUGAGUAGCAGCAUCACGACUAAAACUCUAACAGGAGGUGGCAUGGAACAAUUCAUUGAGUUUUCACUUGAUGGCAACGCAAAUACCUCUGCUGUGUCAAAGCAGUUGAAUAACAAGGAGGACAAGCAUGUCAUUGAAACCAAGUGGAACCUGGUGAGGAGGUUCAGAAAUGGCUCUGGUUUCAACAACAAAGCAUGCCGAUCAGAUACCGACCCCAAGCCUCGGCUGUUUGGACAGCCCCUCAGCAAUAUAUGCCCAGACGAAUGCUCACUUCCCAAACCAGUCUCAAAGGUGCUGCUCUUGCUGAGGAAGAGAGGGCCGUCCACCGAGGGAGUGUUUCGGAAACCGUGCAACAACAAGAACAUGCGGGACAUCAGAGAACAACUCAACAGCGGCCUGGAGGUGGACUUGGAGGGCCAGCCGGUCGUCCUGCUCGUCGGGCUACUCAAAAGUUUUCUGAAGGAACUUCCUGGCAGCCUGCUGGUGUCUGCACUUUAUGACAAGUGGAUGGUAGCUCUGAACAAUGACAGCACCCAGCAGAGAGCUCUGGAAAUCAAAAAAGUGGUAGAUGAUCUCCCGGGACCCAACAAACUCCUCCUGCAGCAUCUAGUCUGCGUCCUCCAUCACAUCCUCGAGAGCGCUGACACCAACAAGAUGGACGCCUCCAACCUUGCGGUGUGUAUUGCCCCCACGCUGCUGCAGCUGGACGGCACCCCGCUGGAUGAGCAGAAGGAACAGAUGAAGAAGGUCACAGACCUAACUCAGUUCCUGAUCGAGCAUUGUGAGAUACUUGGAGAGAAUAUCCCCAAUCUGCUGGAUACCGAUGCAGACUCACUGUCCUCUCAGCAUCAUGACUCUGCGUAUGACAGCACCGACCCAGAUGGAGAUGGAGAGGCAGGAGAGAGUACCAGCUCCACACAUUUAGAGAGUGGCUCAUCUUCCUCUCUCAGUCCCAGCUCCUCUUGGUCAUCUGAUGCGCUGUUCAACAUGAAGCCAGCAGUCACCCGCCGCUGCUCUGAGCCCAUCAUCCUCCUGUCAGCUGAUCUUGAGAGCCUGUGCAGCCAUUCCAGGAGCCACGACGACUGCUCCAUGGAGAGGAGGGACUUUGAGGAGCAGCCUCUGAAAAAGCAGAUCUCGGACGACUCCUUCUUGCUCAGAGUACGAGGUGGAGCAAGGCCAGUGUCUUUUCCGAAACUUAGCAGCAGCUCCAACAUGGAUUCACUGCCCUACAUGGCUGGUAACUGCUCAUGCUCUUCCCUUGAGAGCGCUGCCUCUAAUCAGUCUGAAAGCUCUGUCUUCACCAGCUCCCCUGUGGGGUCGCCACCCUGCCUCAGGAGAGCAAACACCGCUACUCAGCCUUCAAUGGCUGCAAAGGCUCAGCAGGACAUUCCAAGACUGAUUUCAGAUGAGAAGAGGCGUUCACAGUCCAUGAGAGUUGCCAGUAAAGUCCUAAUGCGGACCAGGAGCUUAGGAGCCUUCAGCAGGAGCAGCGUGAAGAAAGACUCUCAGAAGGAAAACUCCUUCCCUUGUGGAACUCUCCAGGAGGACUCUCAGAGUGAAGCAGACCCACCAGCUGAGCUGCUGCACAAACCCCGGCCUUUGUCGGCCAUUGAAGUGUUUAAGCAGGUGGACCGCAAGCUUCCCUGCAGGCCUCCAUCAUACGAGCAGGCAGUGCAGAACACGGGCCUUCCUCCACAGUAUGGAUCAAUGACUGUAUACGAUGCCAUAGUGCUGGAAAGAAGGUCCCGCCCAUCCUCUGUGAACUAUGACUUUCCACCUACCUGUUCUGUCAAUCAGAACAGAGACUGUUUUGCUCAAGCAGCACAUGACAAAGCCAACGAUGUCCAGCAGCGGCGGCCUUUCCGCCAGAGAGCUAUGUCCGAGUCUGUGUCUGCAGGUCGUCAUGAGGUUGUGUCACGCAGAUGUAGCCAGCCUGUGUUUGAGGAAUUUUCUUACGCCAAGGAGUCUUAUGUUUGAUUGACUUUGAAACAGUUUCACAGAUUGGAUUUUAGAUAUACAAACAUUCAUUGGAGUUAAAUAUCAGUGGCCAAAGCCAAAGACUCUGUUUCCACACGGCAACUUAAAACCCACCAAGCUUCUUUUAUCUUCAUUUAUUCAGAGACACGGCAUUCAUGAUCCUGACCAGGCUGACUUUGUUACUUGGAUAACUUAAUAUUGGUGGAAUAUAUGUUUUCUUUUGAUAGCAAGAGAGCUUGGCUUCAUAAUAUCAGCUACUUCCUCCCCUACUCCUUCCCUUUUCACUGUUCUCUAGUUGUUUAGACAGAGAAACUGUGUUUUUGAGGCUCUGCCCACUGAGCAGCUCUGUGCUAGAGAAAUGCUUGUACAUGUACAAGUCCAGUCUGUUCAAUUUUCACUGUUUCACUUUGAAUGAAUGUCAGCUAUGUGCCACCUCUGUGGUUGCACUUUCUCAGUAGUACUAUUUAGAGUACAACAUUUAAGAUAUGUAAUUAUUAUGAUAGAUAGUCUAUCACAAUGAAGCUAGAAAAACAGUUCACUGUGGAUAAAAUAUGCUAUGAGUUUUUUUCUGUUUGUUUUUUGUUUGAGAUACAGUAUGUACAGUAUAGCACAUUAAGCACAAAGUUUUCUUUGCUUUUUGAAAAUCCUCUUCACCUUGCAUGGUCUUUUUCUUCCACUACAUAAAAGCACUUUUCUUGUGAUAGACUAUGCUUUGUUUAUUUGUACGCUAAAAUGUAAAUAACAAGAGAUAGCUAUAGAUGUGUAAUCUUUGUCAAGAAGUCUUCUAGAAUCAUGCAAUUUCACCAUGAAUGGUUUUAGGUAAAAUGAAAGGUAAAUAACACAAUUAAAGAAAAUAACAAAGUA